GCAAUUAAAGUCAAGAGCUAAGGAGGGAGGGAGAGGGUUUAGAAAUGCCAGCAUAAUAAGUAGUAUGACUGGGUCCUCUGUAAAUUAACUCAAUUAGACAAAGCCUGAUUUAACGGGAGAAGAUGGCGAGAAGCGCUACCCUCAUUAAAUUUGGUUGUUAGAUGCGCUUCUAAGGAAAUUAAAUCUGUUAGUUGUUUGAAUCACGUAAAAUAGUGUGUGCAUGUUCAUGUACACACGUGCACACAUGUAACCUCUGUGAUUCUUGUAGUUUUUUUUUUAAGGAGUGGAAUAGAAUGCAAAGAAAAAGAAAAUAUACUGAAAAGAAGAAAGACUGAAAGAGUGGAAGAUAAGGAGAAAAGUGGGAUAGAGACAAAGAAAGUAAGAGAGAGAGAGAGAGAGCGCUCUCCCAGUUAUAAAGCCAUGAGCCCCCUUUGGUGGGGGCUUCUGCUCAGUUGCUUGGACUGCAGAAUCCUGCCAGGAGCCCAGGCUCAGUUCCCCCGAGUCUGCAUGACGGUGGACAGCCUGGUGAACAAGGAGUGCUGCCCACGCCUGGGUGCAGAAUUGGCCGAUGUCUGUGGCUCUCAGCAAGGCCGGGGACAGUGCACAGAGGUGCGAGCCGACACGAGGCCCUGGAGUGGUCCCUACAUCCUACGAAACCAGGAUGACCGUGAGCAGUGGCCAAGAAAAUUCUUCCACCGGACCUGCAAGUGCACAGGAAACUUUGCCGGCUAUAAUUGUGGAGACUGCAAGUUUGGCUGGACCGGCCCCAACUGCGAUCGGAAGAAACCGCCAGUGAUUCGGCAGAACAUCCAUUCCUUGAGUCCUCAGGAGAGAGAGCAGUUCUUGGGCGCCUUAGAUCUCGCGAAGAAGAGCGUACACCCUGACUACGUGAUCACCACGCAACACUGGCUGGGCCUGCUUGGGCCCAAUGGGACCCAGCCGCAGUUUGCCAACUGCAGUGUUUAUGAUUUUUUUGUGUGGCUGCAUUAUUAUUCUGUUAGAGAUACAUUAUUAGGACCAGGACGCCCCUACAAGGCCAUAGAUUUCUCACAUCAAGGACCUGCUUUUGUUACCUGGCACCGGUACCAUUUGUUGUGUCUGGAAAGAGAUCUCCAGCGACUCAUUGGCAAUGAGUCUUUUGCUUUGCCCUACUGGAACUUUGCCACUGGGAGGAACGAGUGUGAUGUGUGUACAGACCAGCUAUUUGGAGCAGCGAGACCAGACGAUCCGACUCUGAUUAGUCAGAACUCAAGAUUCUCCAGCUGGGAAACUGUCUGUGAUAGCUUGGAGGACUACAACCACCGGGUCACCUUGUGCAAUGGAACCUAUGAAGGUUUGCUGAGAAGAAAUCAAAUGGGAAGAAAUAGUGUGAAAUUGCCAACCUUAAAAAACAUACGAGAUUGCCUGUCUCUCCAGAAGUUUGACAAUCCUCCCUUCUUCCAGAACUCUACCUUCAGUUUCAGGAAUGCCUUGGAAGGGUUUGAUAAAGCCGAUGGGACUCUGGAUUCUAGAGUGAUGAGCCUUCAUAAUUUGGUUCAUUCCUUCUUGAACGGGACAAACGCUUUGCCACAUUCAGCUGCCAAUGAUCCCAUUUUUGUGGUUCUUCAUUCCUUUACUGACGCCAUCUUUGAUGAGUGGAUGAAAAGAUUUAAUCCUCCUGUAGAUGCCUGGCCUCAGGAGCUGGCCCCUAUUGGUCACAAUCGGAUGUACAACAUGGUUCCUUUCUUCCCUCCAGUGACGAAUGGAGAACUCUUUUUAACCGCAGACCAACUUGGCUACAGCUAUGCCAUUGAUCUGCCAGUUUCAGUUGAAGAAACUCCAGGUUGGCCCACAACCCUCUCAGUGGUCAUGGGAACGCUGGUGGCUUUGGUUGGUCUUUUUGUGCUGCUGGCUUCUCUUCAAUAUAGAAGACUUCGAAAAGGAUAUACACCCCUAAUGGAGACACAUUUAAGCAGCAAGAGAUACACGGAAGAAGCCUAGGGUGCUCAUGACUUACCUAAGAGAAGAGGCUGACCAACCCAUAGUUCUGACCCUGACAAUAAAGGAACUAAUCCUCACUGUUCCUUCUUGAGUUGAAGAUCUUUGACAUAGGUUCUUCUAUAGUGGUGAUGAUCUCAUUCAGAAGAUGCUUAGCUGUAGUUUCGUUUGCUUGCUUGUUUCACAAACCCAAACUAAAGUGCUUGAGGCUACCUCUAUCUUCAAAUAAAGGUAGACCUGACAGUUUGUGAUAUCUGAUAAUAAUCCCCUAUAUUGAUUAAGCCUCCUCCUUUUCUGAAAGCAUUUAAAAAAACAAAAAGUCCCAAAACAUUGAUCCGGGGGAGUCAUUUAAAUUUGCAGAUCAGUGCAAUUUGAGACCUGGCCAAGACCAUGCAUCAAUCUUUCUCAGCCCCAGUGUCUUGAUUGGUAAUGGCAUGGAGGUGAGAGGGGGUAGGUGCUAGAUGAAUCUCCAAGAUCCUUUUUAGCUAUAAACAUCUCUGCUUCUAGGCACCCUCCUGAUUAUCUUCCUUGAGCUUCGUUUUCUUCUUUCCUCUAUCUUUUUCCUCUCCAGCUUAGAAGAUGAGAAUAAGCCUUGUUUUCUUUACAGGACAGAAAAUGACUAAAUGAAGGUUCAAUUCCCCUCUAUUGUGUAAAUUAGAUUUUACAGAUUUUACUUAAAAUCUGCAGUUUUAAACAGUAGACCUAUAUUACAGGAUUCAAUAGCUAGAUACACAUUGAUUCUAUAGGGAUAAAUAGAGAAGAUAAUACAAUUAUAGAGCUUCCUGGUUUGUUGAUAUACUACUGUAAACCUAUAACAAAUACAGAAUUACUCUUUCCAAGAAAGGCUGACUGAAGGCUGGCGAGGCUAUAAACCUGAACAUGAGACAAUUUGACCUGAGUCCUAUUAGUCUGAGGUCUCUUUGGCUGAUCCUGAACCAAUUUCUUUACUAGGUAGCCUCAGAUGAAAAAUUAUUCCCACAUAAUGCACUUGGCUUAUUUUUAAGCAUUGAUGUUAGAUUCAUUAAUGUUGCAGUAUACUCACAGUUACUUACGAAUGCUGACCAAUUAAGCCUUAUUUGAAAGCAAACCAUCUGUACAAAACAUGGCAAUUCAGAAUUAAGUGGUUAUAUUCUGCCAUGCAAUCAUCAGAUCAUGAGAAAUAAGAAUGAGGCAAUCUUUACUAUGAUGUUCAGACUUAUCAUGACGGACCCCACUUCAGAGAAGUUAAUGGCUCUUGAGAUUUCCACGCAAAUUUCAUCUGCUCAUAUCUGGUUUCUGUGCAUCAUGAGUGAGACCGAAGUUCUAGGGCGUGGUUUGUCUGUCGGAGAUCCCUCUCUACUGGAACGAAUGUCUGUAAAGAAUGGGUGUUAAGAGGUCCCUGGAGCUGCCUUCUACAUAAAGGGGGACUAGAGAGUGCAAGACUCACCAAGAACCAGUUUUCCCCCAUGCAGUAGGACUGCUAAAGCCAGAGAAGUGGACAAAGCCCCGCUGGAACUGAAUUUGAAUUUGAAUCUCAUAAAGUUACAGGUGCAUCUGAGAGCAGGCUCAGUGGUGAAGAUUAAGAUAGCCCGGAGUCCUUCAUGGGGGUAAAGCCCUGCUUGGGCUUUUUAGCUUCAACCACAUGCAUACCUCUCAAUUCCUGCCAUUAACAAUAUUCAUGGAAAGUACAGCACUGUGUCUUUCACAAGCUCCACUCUGGAAUGUUUAUGCUCUGAACUCAGGAUAGUUGGGGAACACAUUUUUAAAUCUUGGUUUUAAACAAAAAGAGAGAUUUGGUAAAAUGAAGAUAUAAUUGUGCAUGGUAUAUAUAUUUCAGAAAAGUUAUGUAUGAAUCAAUUAUGUAUUAAAAGCACCAGGAAAAACUGCUUUUUAUAGGUGAACUAUUAUGAAUAAUUUCAUAAAGCAAAUAACCACCUCUAGCUUAUCAGGUAUAUCAGAAUUCUCAUAAAUCAUAUUCUCAUAAGAUUUGGUUAAAGCAAGAUCUAUCUUAGGUAGAAAAAAAUAGUAAUCAGUUAUACUUAGCUACUUUUAUCUAUAGUGUGGGCAACUUUUUAUAACUAUUAUGUUUUAUAAUGUCUUCCUGAGAGAGUUUCCUGAUUUUGUAGUUCAUAUAAGAGAAAUACAAUUUUCUAACAUUUUCUGACCUUACAAUAAAUCAAUUAUGAGCACAUUUUAACAAAUAUUAAGGUAGGAUAAACCAACAGAAUAAAAUGUUGGUAUUUACUUACAUUGAAUAUCAUGCAAAUAAACUCAGAAAAUGUCACCAAAUACUGUGGGCUGUAUUUCUCAAUGAUAGAGGAAAGAAUUCAACCUUGAAGAAAAUGACCAGAUCACUUUAUGCUUAUAUCUUCAGUAUUAGAAAAACUGCAUAUAUGAUUUUAAUAGAAAUGCUUUUUAUAAAGCUAACAUUCAGUAAUGGGGUAAAAUGCAAUAACAUGUUUCCUUUGUGCAUUAAAUUCCUUUCUAAUUCUAAAAUUGACAUUUGUAUCUUGCUUACAAUUUAACAUUGUUAAUUAUAAUACUUUUAGUGACUCGUUUUAAUCUCACAUUAUUAAGAAGUAGAAAACUUACUAAAAAGGAAACGAAAAAUAAAUGUUUUACAGAUUA